AUGGCCCCAACUGUGGCUGAACCGACCCCUGGGAACACUGCCAAACGUGGCCGUGGCCGUCCUCGCAAGACUCCGCUGCUGGACCCUGCUCAAUCCGACCCGUCGAGCCAACCUUCUGCUGUUCUUCCUGAAACUACCACUGCCAAACGGGGCCGUGGCCAAGGCUACGCCCAGGGUCGCCCAGAAUAA